CGCCCGCGAGUUAAGAGUUUUUCCCCAGCGCUCCCGGGUGCUUGCGGAACACGGAGGCAGGGCCAGCCGCUUGCGGGGCGGAGCACUGCCGGUAAAGGGGGACGGUGCUACAGCCACGUCCCACGAUCCUCACCCCCUACACACACCCUUGUGAAGCCGUCCAGGCUUCCAGAUCCUCAGGGUUCCAGACAUGUCCGAGGUGAAGAGCCGGAAAAAGCCGGGGCCCAAGGCGGGUGCGGCCGAGCCGGAGAAGCGGAGCGACAGCAGAAAGAACCCCGAGGCGCGGGGCGGCGCAGGCUGGGCGGACCCCCGCACUGGGCUCAGCCUUCUGUCGCUGGCGACCAGCCUGGGCCUAGCCUGGCUUCUAUAUCAGCAAUCAGAAAAGUUUGCAAAGGUGGAAAGCCAGUACCAAUUACUGCACAUAGAAAGCAGCGAGCUUCAAGGACUGCAGAGUAAAAUCAGCUUAAUUUCAAAUAAGCUUGAGUCCACUGAAAGUGCCCUGCAGGAAGCCACAUCAUCCAUGGCUUUGAUGACCCAGUUUGAACAGGAAGUAGCUGGCCUCCACAGAUCCAUCCAUGACAUUGAGGAUAGUGAAGAGAUGCUCACACAAAGGAUACAAAAUCUGAAUGAGAAAUUCCAGAACGUUACAGAUUUCUGGACGAGAACACUGACCGAAAUGAGCGACAAUACCACCAGUUUCAAAUCAGAAGCAAAACACAUACAUUCUCAAGUUACCAUGGAAAUUAACUCAGCUGAUCAUGAAAUAAAAUUGCUCACUGAGCGAGUGAAAGAUCUGGAAGACAGCACACUACGAAACAUGAGAACCGUGAGCAGGCAAGAAGAGGAAGAUCUCCUACGAGUAGAGGCACAGCUUGGCUCUGACAGGAAGGCGCUCGAGAGGCUAGAAGAAGAACAGCUCACGCUCGUGGCCAGGGAUGAAGAGCUGACUGAUAAACUUUCCAGCUACAAACCCAAAGUUGAAGAGUGCAAGGCCCACUUGCCGGCCGUAGAAAAUGCAAUCCACUCUGUUCUCCGAGUCUCUCAGGAUCUGACUGGGACAGAAAAGAAGAUAGAAGAGCUGACUCUACAGAUGUUUAACGUGGAAGAGGAGAUGCUGAGGGCGGUGUCGGAGAUAAUGGAGGUGCAGACAGCCCUUGAGGGAAUUCAGUAUGACAAUAACAUAUUGAAGAUGCAGAACGAACUGGUUGUUCUAAAGGAAAAAGUCCACAACUUCAUAGCAUAUCCAAGUGUGGGAGAAAAGGGGACUCUGGGAGAAUAUAGCCUAGAAAAUAAGGGAACUGGUGAUUAUUAA